AUGGUUUCGUCAAAGGACCAACGUCACUUAAAUAAAGUAGCGAAAAAAAAAUUCUAUAAAUAAUUGAGUAUUCAAUCUCUUCUAUCUCAGACCGUCCCACAUUCUUCUUCCUUCUUUCCAGUUCUCCGUCUCUGUUUCUCUUGUUCUGUUGUUUCUCUCUGCAUUCCACCAAACCAGAAAGAUAAAAAAAGAAAGAAAGAAAAAUGGGUCCUAGCUAUGACUUCGAUUCAACAAACUCCGAAGCCAACCAUGAAAUCUCGUUUGCAAUUACACCGGUAGACCCCGAUGAACCCAUCUCCGCACCCAUUGUUUCCUCUUACAACCAACGCAUUCGUCCUCUUCUCGAUGCCGUUGACAAGCUCCGGGAACUCAUGAUCAUGGAAGAAGGAAUUCAGCUCCCGACCAUCGUCGUCGUCGGAGAUCAAUCCUCCGGCAAGUCCAGCGUCCUCGAAUCACUCGCCGGUAUCAGCCUUCCGAGAGGUCAGGGUAUCUGCACCAGGGUUCCACUUGUAAUGAAACUCCAACAACACUCUGAUCCUCAGCCUGAACUUUCCUUGGCGUUCAACGGCGAAGAGAUUUUAACCGACGAAGAUCAUAUCUCAGAAGACAUAAACAAAGUCACAGAAAGAAUUGCUGGCCCUGGUAAGGGAAUUUCCAACAGCCCCAUAACUUUGGUGGUGAAAAAGUUGGGUGUUCCUGACUUGACCAUGGUUGAUCUUCCUGGAAUUACCAGAGUCCCAGUUCGUGGACAGCCUGAUAACAUAUAUGAACAAAUCAGAGAUAUAAUCAUGGAGUACAUAAAGCCAGAAGAGAGUAUCAUUCUCAAUGUGUUAUCUGCAACCGUUGAUUUCACUACCUGUGAAUCAAUUAGGAUGUCGCAGAGCGUUGACAAAACAGGGGAGAGAACACUUGCCGUCGUUACCAAGGCAGAUAAAGCGCCCGAAGGACUUCUUGAGAAGGUUACUGCCGAUGAUGUCAAUAUUGGUCUUGGCUAUGUCUGUGUCAGGAAUCGGAUUGGAAAUGAAUCCUAUGAAGAAGCUCGAGUGGAGGAAGCUAUUUUGUUCCAAACUCAUCCACUUCUUUCAAAAAUUGAUAAAUCUAUUGUGGGUAUUCCUGUUUUGGCACAGAAGCUGGCUCAGAUUCAAGCAACUAGUAUAGCUCGAAAUCUUCCUGAGAUUACCAACAAGAUCAAUGACAAGUUGAAUACCAGUGUUGCAGAGCUCAACAAGUUGCCAAAGCAUCUGAAUUCGGUUGCUGAGGCAACCGCUACUUUUAUGCAGAUCGUUGAGGCCGUGAAGGAGUCACUGAGGAAAAUUCUUCUUAGAGGAGAAUUUGAAGAAUACCCAGAUGAUAAGCACAUGCAUUGUACCGCUCGUUUGACCGAGAUGCUCAACAAAUUCUCUGAUGAGCUUCAUGCCUGUGCCGAAAGCGAUCCAAUUGGUGACUUUCUAAUGGAUGAGAUCAAGAUUUUGGAAGAAUCCAAAAAGAUUUCUCUGCCAAACUUCCUUCCCCGGACUGCUUUUCUCGGCCUUUUAAAUCGAAAGGUGAAGGGAAUUUCAGGUAAGCCGAUUGAGUUUGUUGGGGACUUAUGGGAUUACAUAGAAGAAGUGGUGAUGAAGGUUUUGAUGCAACAUGUGGAAGGUUAUUACCAGCUUCAAUUGUCCACCAGACAAGCAGGCCAAAAUCUGAUAGCCAAGAUGAAAGAAAGGUCCAUCAAAUGGAUGCAGGAGAUUGUCGAAAUGGAGAUGGCGACAGAUUACACAUGCAAUCCAGAAUAUACAUCUGAAUGGAAUAAGCUAAUGGCUCAAAGCAAUACGUUCAUGUAUGCACUCUUCGAAGAUAAAGAAAGACUGAGUACGGUGAAGAUUGAAGGUCUUGGGAAAGUUGAACACGUUGAAGGUCUGAGACAGCAUAGGCAUCUUAUACCGCAGGCUUUUGACUUGAGGAUGAGGCUGAUUGCAUAUUGGAAGAUUGUACUGAGGAGGUUUGUUGAUUGUAUGGCUCUGCAUCUGCAAUUGAGUGUGAAAAAUUUGGUGAAAAAGGAGUUGGGAAUGGAGAUUAUGAAUGAGUCUCUGGCAUUCCGUGUUGGUGGGAUUGAAAAAUUGAUGGAGGAAUUGCCAUCGGUGGCAUCUAAGAGGGUGAGGCUGAAUAGGAGCAUCAAAAAGCUAAGGGACUGUAAAGCUGUUGUGGCCAACAUCAUGGACAGAAUUGUUUCCUAUGGUGAUUAAAACAAAAAUAAAUAAAUAAAUAAACUAAUUAAUUAUAUUAUAUGUACGGUACUUACAGUUACAGCUGGUCUAGUAAGAAUGAUAGUUUUGGUUGCUUUUUUCUUUUUCUAUGUACGGUACUUACUUUUUAGUGUGACCUUGCUUGCUUUCUGUCAAUUUUAUAUUAUAUAAAUAAACAAAUAAUUUAUGUAAUAUAUUUUUUAUAUUUUGCA